GGAUCCAAGGAGUCCUCGUGACAUUUUUCGCGUUCUAACGGGACACAAAUCUGAGAUAUGCGGUUUGAAAUGGAACUACGAAGGAGAUCAAUUGGCAAGUGGUGGUAAUGCCAACGAACUCUUUAUCUGGAAUAGCAGUAGUUGCAGUCCAACUCAAAGGCUUGAUGGACAUAGGGCUGCUGUUCGUGCACUUUCGUGGAGCCCACAUACCCGAAAUUUAUUAGCUAGUGGAGGUGGUCAUUUGGAUCGACAAGUUCGCUUCUGGAACACUUUGAAUGCGAAAUGUUUGUCAAUCCAUAAUGUUAAAUCUCAG